CGCCACCUGAACCACGAUGUCCGCUCCUGUACUCCGUCCCAAGCGUCCAAGAGCUCCCCCCUCCCUACUGAUAGCCCACCCUGAGUUUGACGUUGCAACACCAGACUACUUCCCACUCAUCCUAUGGCCACCGAUACACAUCCUAAACCUUUUUCAAUUCCACCUACAUCCUCCCACACCUUACUCAUCAUAUCGUUGCCCAUAUCGCGCACCACCUCACUCCUCGCCAGGCCUUCUCGUCAAACGGCUCGACUAUCGACGUCUCAUCCUCCAUCUUGCCCCCUCGCCACAUAUAGGACUGAUAGCCUGUUUUCCGCGUCCGCUUUCUUCUAAGAGACAGACAUGUGGUGGGGCGAUGGGUGAUCGGGAGGGAGGGAGGGGGGUCGAUGGUGAUCGUGUGUGAUCGUGUGUGAGCGUCGCCGAGAUCGAUUUGGGGAUGAGGUCGGUAUGAUGGU